AUGGAAGUAGAAGUUCCAUCAGCAUCCGAACCACCACCAAAAACAGAAGACGUCAUUCGUGCUGUAGAAUCCAAAAACGGAAAAAGUAAAACCCACACACACACUCCCUUCCUCCGCUGUCCAAGCCGUCCUCCUAGAAUCAGCCGUCUCCGCAGGAAAGUUAAAGUUCAAUUCCGUAUCCCCAACAGCCGUCGUAAUGGAGGGUCCGGCAGGCAAACAUUCCCCAUAAACUAUAAUAAUAAUGAGAGAAAAUUGGAUGAUUAUUUGCGAAUUCGGCAACCCAAAGUUAGCAUAGAAAAGAGAAAAGCUUUGGUCGAUUGGCUCUUCGACAUGCACUGUCGGGAGUUUUUAGAGCACAUGACAGCAUUGGCUGCUGUCGACAUAUUUGACCGUUUUCUUUCAGAGGCUCAAAAUGUUGUUUCCAUAGAAGAAGUAGAUUACGUAGCCGUGGCUGCAAUGCACAUUGCCACUAAAUACCACGAAACUCAGCUCUUCGUAACUUUGUCACUCGAUGAACUCAUUCAAUGUGUCAACGGAGGACUUCCCGAUCCGAACGGCCUUCACCGUUAUCGCGGCCGCGUUAUGGAGAAACGCAUUUUGGACGAGUUAGGAUGGAAAUUAGAGGUCCCUACAGUGUAUACUUUCAUCCAUCGGUUUCUCAAUGCGGCCAUCAAAAACCCGCUAGAUCUAGAUCCCACUUUGGAAGAGAUGUUGAUUUUUUACGCCAAAUUGGGGAUAUGGAACUAUCAGCUGAUGAUAACGUAUCCUCUAGAAAUGUUGGCGGCUGCAGCGAUAUAUGCGGCAUGUGCGUUCACAUGUAAUAUGAGUAUGUGGCAAGACACGGUUCGGGAUCACACUGGGUUCAAGGACACACAACUUUUGGCUUGUUCAAAGAGGAUGCUGGAGCUUCAUUGGGUUGGUCAUGAGGAUUGCAAUUGGUGGAUUCCUUUCAAUUCAAAUGAUGACGUACACCAUGCACCUAACUAA